AUGGCACACCCGCGCACGGCCUGGAAACCACACAAGGGCGCUGUCGGAGUCGUCACGGGCGCAGGCUGGGGCGGGAUCGGGUUCGAGGUCUCCCUCCACCUCGCACAGCAAGGCGUCCAUGUCACCCUCGCAGACAUCUCGCAGGAGGCGCUCGAGGACGCCCGCAGGCAUCUCAUCGAGCAGGGCAUCGCAGAGGACGCCUUCGAGACCCGCGUCUUAGACGUCUCGAACCCGGACGACAUGCGCGAGUUGGCGGACUCGGUGUUCGCGGCCAAGGGCAGGGUCGACUUCCUCCACCUGAACGCCGGGAGGGGCGGCAACGUCAAGGCGUACGGCGAGGACAUCGUCCCCGAGUGGCACGACAUCUUUGCCGUCAACUUGUUCGGCGUCGUCAACGGGACCCAGGCGUUCGUCGACCGCAUGGUCGCUCAGGACUCGCCCGCGACUGUUGUCAUCACCGGCUCGAAGCAAGGCAUCACUUGCCCGCCCGGAACGUCGGCAGCUUACAACGCUUCCAAGGCUGCCGUCAAAGCGCUCGCCGAAGCGCUCUCGCACCAGCUCCUCUCGACCCAAGUCUCAGUCCACCUCCUUGUCCCCGGCUACACGUACACGAAAAUCACCACCAACUCGCCUUCCUCCUCCUACAACCCCUCCGCCAAACCCGCCGCCGCCUGGUCCCCCGCCCAAGUCUCCUCCUGCCUGUUCUCGCGCAUCACAGCUUCCGCAGACGACUUUUACGUGAUCUGCCCGGACAACGACGUGAGUUGGGAGUUGGACAAGGCGAGGAUGCAGUGGGCUUAUGAGGAUAUCACGGAGGGGAGACCGGCCUUGUCCAGAUGGCAUCCGGAUUGGGAGGAGAAGCAUAAGGCUUGGGUCGCGGAGAAGCUGGCGAAGAAGUGA